UUAUGAACAACUAAUCGAGGACAGAAAGCAAUGAAGGAAGGGGUCACUUAGAUACAAAUCGUUCUGAGGGAUCGAUCACUCAGCCUCGAAAUCAAGAGCUGCUUCGAGGCAGAAGAAAUUGGAGAGGAAUCAACAUGUUGCAGUGCAUAUUUCUCCUAUCAGAUUCUGGGGAAGUAAUGCUGGAAAAACAGCUCACUGGCCACCGGGUUGAUCGAUCCAUUUGUGCUUGGUUUUGGGAGCAAAUACUUACUCAGGGCGAUUCCUUGAAGCUUGUACCAGUUAUAGCUUCACCAACCCAUUACCUCUUUCAAGUGGUUCGUGAGGGUAUCACGUUUUUGGCAUGCACGCAAGUUGAAAUGCCGCCUUUGAUGGCGAUUGAGUUCCUUUGCAGGGUAGCUGAUGUUCUUACAGAUUAUUUGGAUGGACUGAAUGAAGAUUUGAUUAAAGAUAAUUUUGUUAUUGUUUAUGAGCUGCUGGAUGAGAUGAUAGACAAUGGCUUUCCUCUAACUACAGAACCGAAUAUUCUGAGGGAAAUGAUAGCUCCUCCGAAUCUUGUCAGCAAGGUUUUAAGUGUCGUCACUGGUAACACAUCCAAUAUGAGCAAUAGGCUUCCAGGUGCAACAUCUUCUUGCAUUCCCUGGCGGAAAACUGACCUUAAGCAUGCCAGCAAUGAGGUUUACGUUGAUCUUGUGGAAGAAAUGGAUGCCACCAUAAACAGAGACGGAAUUCUGGUGAAAUGUGAGAUCUAUGGUGAAGUUCAAGUAAAUUCUCAUCUAUCAGGUCUUCCGGAUCUCACACUGUCAUUCGCAAACCCUUCAAUUCUAAAUGAUGUGAGGUUUCAUCCUUGUGUUAGACUUCGACCAUGGGAAUCAAGCCAAAUCCUAUCCUUUGUACCACCUGAUGGACAGUUUAAGCUCAUGAGUUACAGGGUAAAGAAGUUGAAGAACACUCCCAUUUAUGUGAAGCCACAACUGACCUCUGAUUCAGGGACCUGCCGUGUAAGUGUUCUAGUUGGAAUUCGCAACGAUCCUGGAAAGUCAAUAGACUCCAUAACAGUACAAUUCCAACUCCCAUCUUGUGUUGUAUCUUCUGAUCUUUCUUCAAACUGUGGAUCAGUAAAUGUUCUUGCUGACAAGACCUGCCUGUGGACAAUUGGGCGAAUCCCCAAAGACAAAGCUCCUUCGAUGUCUGGCACAUUGGUGCUCGAGACAGGAGUACGCCGGCUUAAUGUUUUUCCCACUUUCCAAGUUGGGUUCAGGACAAUGGGAGUCGCUCUCUCCGGCUUAAAAAUAGAUACUUUAGAUCUAAAGAACUUGCCUUCGCGCCCGUACAAAGGUUUCCGAGCUCUUACACGAGCAGGUGAGUUUCAGGUCAGAUCAUAAAACUCUUUUAUUGUCAAGAAAGUGAAAAACAAAUGUGAUCAUAACCUUCAUUUCCUUUUCUAAUAGCUACUUGAAAUGUACUAUAUUGUUUAUGGUGUCAA